CAGAAUACGUUGAGUGAGGAACGAGCUGACGUUUGAAUGUCGAAUGCGGUAGCGCGCAGCCGCGGCUCGGCAUUCAAGGUUCGUUGGCAAUAGCCUAUCGUACUCAAAAUGGCAGAGGGGUCAGAGCCUGUUCUCUUCGAUUUGCGGACCGUCCACGACAAUUUCGACCAGGCAUUAAUACAGGACGAUGACGUCGACAUUAAAAUGUAUCUUGCGGCCUACAACGAACUGUACAAGUUCUUCCAGCUUAUGGGCUCGGUUUUCAGCUUCGUUUCUUCGGAUUUGAAACAGAAAAUGGAUAUUUUAGCCGAGCUGAUUUCUAAGGAUGAGCAAAAUUUUGUUACAAUUAAAUCGAUGAUACAACAUGAGACGGAGAAUAAUUUAUUACAGAAGGCAGACUACACGAACGGCAGUCGUACGUUACUGAGACUCCAUAGAGGCCUGGACUUCAUCAAGGAAUUUUUACGACAAUUAGGCGAGUUGUCGGACGGUGAUAAAACCUCGGCAUGCUGUCAAGAUGCGUAUAACAAAACACUUGCCAAACACCAUCCAUGGAUUAUACGAAAGGGAGCGGUAGUUGCCAUGUACGCUAUGCCGACUAGAGAACUUUUAUUUAAAAAGGUUUGCGGAGACAACGUUCAACGCAACAUCGAUAUAUUACCAAAAAUGUUGGAAGUAACUGCCGACGUGUUCAAGAGGACGGAUAAGCUUUAUGAAAUUAAUAACCUACAUGCUUUACCUUAAGAAUACAGAAUAUGUAUUAUACAUACAUGUUGAUUACAUACGCAUUUACGUAUGAGCUUUAAAUUGCCCGAACUUCCUGUGAAAAUGCAUGCCUAAGGG